UUGUACCUAUAUAAAACAUGUUGCAAUUUAUUAAUCUUUUAUUUUUAAUAUUCACUUUUUCGAUGGUGUCAACAAAAAACAAUGUAUGUCCUAGCGAUUUGGAUUAUUAUACCAUAGAUUUGAAUUUAAAUUGUUGGUAUGAUCCAGAUGUAGAUGCUUCGAUACCAGAAAUUAUAAACAAUCAUGGUUUUAAUUCGAAAUCGUAUAAUGUCACUACAUGGGAUGGCUACAUCCUUGAAAUAUUUAGAAUACCAUCAAAACUAAAUGAAACUGUCAGCAAACCAAAAUCUCCCAUAUUGCUAUUUCCUGGACUGUUAAGAGAUGCUAGAUGUAUGUUAAUACUCGGAGAAGAUUCACCAGCCAUAUAUUAUGCCAAACAAGGUUACGAUGUUUGGAUAGCAAACAGAAGAGGAACAGAGUAUUCAAACCAUAUUAAAUAUACUAAAGACGAUAAAGAAUUUUGGAACUUUAGUUUUCAUGAAAUGGGUUCAAUAGAUGUACCAACAAUUGUUGAAAAAGUUGCUGAGGUAUCCAAACAACCUGGUAAUAUUAUUUAUAUUGGACACUCAAUGGGAACUACAGCAAGCUAUAUAUAUUGCACGUUAAAUAGCAGUCACUGUGCAAAUAAUUUAAAAGCUAUCAUUUCUUUAGCACCUAUUGCCAAAAUUAACCACACCAAAACUCCCUUACUUCAUAUAAUUUCAUUAUUAGAGUCUGAAAUAAAGGUUGCUUUAAAUACUUUGGGUAUCCACAGAUUGGAAAUAGACUGGCUUUUUAAAAUUUGUCAAGGAGCACCUUUUACAUCCAUUUGUGCAGGAGUUAUUGAAUUUUUUACGGGUUUAAGUGAACCUAAUAUAUUUCCUAGAAUUAUGCCAAUAUUUUCUGCACAUGGCAAUACGCCAGCCUCAGUUAAAGUUAUAACGCACUACGGACAAAUUAUAAAAAAUCAAGGCAAAUUUAGACAAUAUGAUUAUGGUCUAUUAAAGAAUUUGGAAAAAUAUCAGUCAAUUCUACCACCUACAUAUAAUCUUUUUGAUAUUCCUGUAAAUGUUACUUUAAUAUAUGCCAAUUAUGAUUUGUUAUCUUCUAAAACUGACGUUGAAGAUUUGUAUUCAAAUUUACAUCCAGACAGAAGAUUCAUUGUUGAAAUACCAAGAAAUGGGUCUGCAAAAUAUUUAUCUCACAUGGAUUUUUUUCUAGCUGCCAAUAUAGAAGAAGUUUUGUAUCCAGAAAUAACUAAUGCAUUGGUAAAAUAGUGAAUUGAUAUGUUUUUGCAAUUUUGAACAAAUUUAUUUGAAUAAACAAAAUAAAAAUUAC